UCUCCUGAGACUGCAGGCAGCCUUAAAGGGAUACACACCGUCUUGUGCCCGGCGAGCUGGGGUGAUGCCUGCCACUAGACUGCCUGCACACCCAGCAGUACUGUGUCUACUACAACACCCAGCAUGCAAUACUAUAGUCCAGAAGUGAACGCUGGCACCUAUCAAGGGUUAACAGCGGUGCCGAUGAUUGACAGGCUGCCCUCCCGACCACGCCCCUUACCCUCUCCUUGACUCGUCAUUGGUCUCAGGCGGUCACGCCCCGCAGCCAAUGGCCUGGCGCAGCCCACGCGUGUGCCCCGCUGCCAUUGGCUGAAAGUUACUGUGGGAAAGAAAGUUUGGGAAGUUUCACACGAGCCGUUCGCGUGCAGAUAGCGCUAUAUAAAGCGGCGGCCAAAGAGAAGGCCAGUCACAGGCGCACAGGGCAGCGGGCCAGGCGGAGGACACACAGCCUGCACACUCUGCGGACGGGCUCUGGAUAACCGCACAGUGUGCACGGAGGAAACCAUUGGAAGAUGCCAGCUGACAUGAUGGAGAAAAACUCCUCAUCUCCUGUGGCCGCCACCCCGGCCAACAUGAGCAGCACCCCGGAUAAACCCAAAACUGCCUCGGAGCACAGAAAGUCAUCCAAACCCAUCAUGGAAAAGAGACGGAGGGCGAGGAUCAACGAGAGCCUGAGCCAACUCAAGACCCUCAUCCUGGACGCCCUGAAGAAAGAUAGCUCCAGACACUCUAAGCUGGAGAAGGCAGACAUCCUGGAGAUGACCGUGAAGCACCUCCGGAACCUGCAGAGAGUUCAGAUGACUGCUGCUCUCAGCACUGACCCUACAGUUCUUGGAAAAUACAGAGCUGGAUUCAGUGAGUGCAUGAAUGAAGUCACCCGCUUCUUGUCCACGUGUGAAGGGGUCAACACUGACGUGCGGACCAGGCUCCUGGGACAUCUUGCCAACUGCAUGAAUCAGAUCAAUGCCAUGAACUAUCCGGCUCAGCCCCAGAUUCCAGCAGCUGGCACCCCACACCCAGCUUUUGGACAGCCAUUAGUUCAGCUUCCUUCCAGCGCACCGCAAGGAAGCCCAACUCCCAUGGGUGGAGUUCCCUGCAAGAUGGGUGGCCCACAAGUAGAAGCAGCCAAGGUCUACGGUGGCUUUCAGCUUGUGCCAGCAUCGGAUGGACAAUUUGCCUUCUUGAUCACCAAUCCAGCCUUCCCACACAAUGGAUCUGUAAUCCCAGUCUAUACUAACUCCAAUGUGCCCAACGGACUGCCUGCUGCAGUGUCCCCCUCUGUGAUGCCAUCAGUCACUGCAGACUCUGUGUGGAGACCCUGGUGAACGGACUAAAAUGGACUUUGCAGCGCUUUCUUUUAGAAAGAUUUAGUUACUACUAGUAAUCCCUUCUUUGUGUAGCGAGAAUGCACUAUGUCUGUACAUAGAAAAAUGUUCAUAUUGAAUGUGCCCUUGUAUUAUAAGAUGGCAAUUUAUAUUUCGUUUGUACACGAAAUCUCGUAUUUUUAUUGAAAUGCCAAAGACAUUUGACUAUGCUCUUAAGUUUCUUCCUAUUGUGGAAGCAUUACAUGUAAUAAUAAAUCUGCACAAUGUAUUUUA